AAUCACGUGAUCAAGAUCGCGGGAAAAUCUUUGUUAGGCUAGUAAACACGUUAGGUGUUUUCCUUCCAAUAUUUUUGCUUUGAAAACAAAAUCAUGGAUGUUGCCGAGCAAACGAUUGUUACAAAACAAGUCAAAGAUCAAGUUGGAGAAAGAUGUCAAAAGUUAUUUCAGGAUUUUCUUGAAGAGUUUAGGGUUGAAGGUGAGCAGAAAUACACAGCAGGAAUCAAUGAUCUUGGUCGACCUGAAAGAAACACAUUGACAGUCAGUUUUGAGGAUGUUGACAAGUUCAAUCAAAAUCUUGCAACCACAAUUGUUGAAGAGUAUUACAGAGUGUACCCAUAUCUAUGCAGAGCUGUGAAAAACUUUGUGAAAGACUAUGCACAGACACCUCAAGGAAAAGAAUAUUAUGUCAGUUUUACAGAUGUUCCAACAAGACUUAAGGUGCGAGAGAUGACUACAGCUAAAAUUGGUACACUACUAAGAAUCUCAGGCCAGGUGGUACGUACUCACCCAGUUCACCCUGAGCUAGUAUUGGGGACUUUCAUGUGCCUGGACUGUAGAACCGUCAUACCCGAUGUAGAGCAGCAGUUCAAAUUCACACAGCCAAGCAUUUGCAGAAAUCCUGUGUGCAACAACAGAGCACGCUUCAUGCUGGACGUCAAUAAAUCCAGGUUUGUGGAUUUCCAGAAAGUCCGAAUCCAGGAGACACAGGCUGAACUUCCCAGGGGAAGCAUUCCUCGAAGUGUAGAAAUAAUUCUGAGAGCUGAGGCUGUGGAGUGUGCUCAGGCUGGGGAUAAAUCUGACUUCACUGGCACUCUCAUUGUGGUUCCUGAUGUGGCCACCAUGUCUUUACCAGGUGCUCGGGCUGAAACCUCAACAAGAUUAAAGGGGGCUGAAGGAUAUGAGACAGAGGGAGUCCGUGGCCUGAAGGCUCUUGGAGUUCGAGACCUCACCUACAGGCUAGCCUUCUUGGCUUGCUCUGUCUCCUCAAGUAACCCAAGGUUUGGAGGACGUGAUCUAAAGGAUGAUGAGAUGACUGCUGAGGCAGUGAAGAAGCAGAUGACAGCUGAGGAAUGGCAGAAGGUGUACGACAUGUCACAGGACAAGAACCUGUACCAGAACCUAUGUAGCAGUCUCUUCCCUACCAUUCAUGGCAAUGAAGAGGUUAAGCGGGGAAUCCUUCUCAUGUUAUUUGGAGGGGUACCAAAAAUUACCCUUGAGAAAACCAACCUACGUGGUGACAUCAACAUUUGUGUAGUUGGAGACCCAAGCACAGCUAAGAGUCAGUUCCUGAAACAGGUUGAAGAGUUCAGUCCACGAGCUGUGUACACCAGUGGAAAGGCCAGUUCUGCAGCAGGUUUGACAGCUGCUGUGGUGAAGGAUGAGGAAUCUCAUGAGUUUGUGAUUGAAGCAGGUGCCCUUAUGUUGGCGGACAAUGGAGUGUGUUGUAUAGACGAAUUUGACAAAAUGGACCCCAAGGAUCAGGUGGCUAUCCAUGAGGCUAUGGAACAGCAGACAAUCUCCAUUACCAAGGCUGGAGUCAAGGCUACCUUAAAUGCCAGAACAUCCAUUUUGGCUGCUGCCAAUCCAAUUGGAGGAAGAUAUGACAGAACGAAAUCUCUGAAACAAAAUAUCACAUUGACUGCACCCAUCAUGUCCAGAUUUGAUCUCUUCUUUAUUCUUGUGGAUGAGUGUAAUGAGGUGACUGACUAUGCCAUUGCCAGGAGAAUAGUGGAUUUACACAGCAGGAAUGAGGAGUCAGUGGACCGUGUCUACUCUGUGGAGGAUGUCACCAGAUAUCUCAUGUUUGCCAGGCAAUUCAAACCUAAGAUAAGUCCUGAUGCCCAAGAGUACAUGAUAGAGGAGUACAAGAGACUGAGACAGAGGGACGGAUCGGGGGCCCACAAGUCUGCCUGGAGGAUCACUGUCCGACAGUUAGAGAGCAUGAUCCGACUCUCAGAAGCCAUGGCCAGGCUCUACUGUGUGGAUGAGGUGCAGCCAAAGCAUGUGAAGGAAGCCUUCCGUUUGCUCAAUAAAUCAAUCAUCCGUGUGGAACAGCCAGAUGUCCACCUGGAAGAAGAGGAGGAGGAAGACAAACAGGAAGAGAUGGAUGUUGAAGAACCUGAACAAACACCUGCAGAAGCAACAGGUCCUGAUGGAGAUGCCCCACAGCCUCACAAGAAAGGAUUGAAGCUGACGUACGAGGAGUAUAAACAGAUAGCGAACCUGAUAGUGCUGUACAUGAGGAAGCAAGAGGAAGAGGCCAUGGAGGAUGAGACGCCAGGUUUGAGAAGAAGCGAGUUGGUUGGCUGGUAUCUUAAGGAAAUUGAGUCUGAGAUAGACUCCGAAGCUGAGUUGAUAGAGAAGAAGACAAUUGUCGAGAAAGUCAUUGAGAGACUAGUGCAUCAUGAUCAUGUGUUGAUUGAGUUAACUCAGACAGGAAUGAAAGGACAGGAUGACUUGGUGAGAAAGGAAGAUCCUUAUGUUGUUGUGCACCCCAACUAUGUCAUUGAUGUUUGAACAGGCCGGCACAUACCUCAGACUCCUUAGAGUAAUUGACUGCAAAAACCAUUGCUUAACAUGGUGCACAUUUCAAACAUCAAAAUGAGAUAGACCUGUUUGUCAUGCUGGUCUAGUGAAUAUUUGUUGAUGAUUUCAGAAGUAUGUGUAAACUUGGGAAAAUCAUGUACAUUUUGUGAUGAAAAUGUUAUGAGUAAAAUGACUUUGAAUCUGACAAUAUUACCAGUUUUCAAAAAUAUCGGAGAUAUUUAAUUUUGCAAUAUGUAUAAUUUUUAGAUGUUAAUGAAAUUUUUAUGUCUAUUUAUUUCCAUUAAAUGUAUCUUGAUCAAGAAGUAUUUUCUAAACUGGAUAGAAUGUAUACCUGGUAAUUUAAAAGUGCUCGUGUACAUAUUUCAUUUGGAAGGUCAUUCAUUGACCAGUAAAUAUACUAAAGUUUGACCUACUACACUGUAUGUAUCAAAUUUGAAUCUUUUUUACCAUUUACAUGCCUCACCAUGUUUUGUACAGUAUUGUUUGAAAUCAUGUUGGGAUGGUGUAUGUUACAUUGUUAGUCAUCAUCUUUUAUAUAGAUAUUCUUACCUAGCCCUUUAUUAAAAAAUUAUUUACAUGGCAAACGAGUGCUUAGUAGAUUUGUACAUAUGUAACUUUGGCUCUUCAGGUCUUGAUAGUUGAGUCUUUUGGUUACAGACUGAGGAUUUAUCAAGACUAGUAAAGAUGUGUUCACUAUUACCUUAUUAGAAAAAAGUCUGUGUUUCAUGCGAUUGCAUGUUUAUACAUUCAGUUGUGAAAAUAAGUUCUGCACACAAUAAAAAUCUUGUGUCACAGCUUGGUUCACAGACAGAUUUAUGUGCAUGUAAUAGAAAUGUCUCUUACAUUAUGCCAUCACAAGAAAUAAAUGGCUCAAGAAAAAUGAA